GCGUAAAGACAGUAACAGAUCAAGUACGGCUCGGGAAUAAGUUGGCAGAGUUUUGAGGUUGGUUUUUUUAAAGUAACAUCGCGUUAUAAACAUAAUAACACGUACAAACGAUUUAUAAAAAAAAAACGUUUUUGGCCCUAAAAUUAGCGGCCUUAAACAAUAGAACUUUAUUAAUACUUGAAUACGUUAAAACAAUUUAAAAGUUAUUGUUAUGGCUUGUUCAGCUGUUACACUUUCCGUGGCUACUAUCGCAGCGGUGGUCGCCGUGGCCUGUUUAGCCAUAGCUUUUGGUACGGACAACUGGUACGAAAUUAGGGUUAACAGGACCUCUAUUCGCAAGAAGUUGGAGGGAAAUGAAGAAUCUCUGAAAGAAUUCGAAGAAGACAAGCUAUAUUUUGAUCGGGAUGAGGGCCUCUUCAGAACAUGCUUUCCUGACAAGAAACCCCGAAACGUCAAAACGUACAUAUCACCAGUGCAGACAGAAUGUAUUAACAUCAACUAUUAUAUCCCCGACAAUGAAGUGUCAGAUUCUUUCUCCGAUACCCGUUGGGACAGAUUACACAUGGCCCGGUCUGUAAUUGGGCUAUACAUCUCAGCAUUUUUCUUCAUCUUCCUGUCCUUCUUCACCGGGGUGGCUGGAUGCUGGAAACGUUCUCAUGGAAACAUCGUAGCUACUGGUCUUUUGGAACUUUUGGCUUCUCUUGUUGAUGCUGGUGCAAUGGGUUUGUGGCAUGGAGUUCAAUACUUCGAUUAUCAAAAACUUGACGACCAAAUGUCUUAUUUCAAAUGGCCAGCUGUUCUGAAACAAACUGGACAAACGGAAUUUUAUUAUGGUUGGUCGUACAUACUGGCUUGGAUUGGUGUGGGGAUGAAUCUCAUUGCCGCCAUUUUGUUUCUCUGUGGCGCCCGUUGCCUACGUCACGAGAAGAAGGUGGAACAGGCUAAAAACAUGCAGUAUCUGAUGCCUGUAUAUCCGGACAAAAGACAACCUUAUGGCUACGGAUACGGAUAUCCUGGCCCUUAUUACCAGUAUGGUUACGGAUACUAAGGAAUACAAAAUUAAAAUGAUCUGCUCGACAUUGUAAUAUGAAUAUAAGUUAUUUUAACAUUGAUUACAGCUCCAUCUAGUGUUUUAUAAGAGUUUUACUGGAACUUGUUGCAUUAAUAAAUAGAGAGGAUUUUAAAAAGUAUUCAAAUUGUAUGUCUUGAGGUGUUUAGUGUGAUUGAAAUUCCAGAACGCAGUAUGUCCAUUGUUACUAUAUAUAGCACGUGUCAAAGAGUAUGGAGUGUUUGAAAAUUUUUAAAGAUUCUUGCAUUGUUUUGUUGUUGUUUUUGGUAAAAAUUAGGAAUAUGUCGAUUGUAUUGUAUAUAUUUAGAGUACAUGAAAUAUUAAAAAAAUUGUGACAAAAUUCUGACUAUCAUUAAGAGGAUUGGAUAAGAUGAAAAAUAGGUCUAACAUAAAACAUCUAAAGACUUAUCGCCAAUAGAUGGCGCUGUAUAUAGUUUUUGCUUUUUUUAUUUUCAAAAGGGGAAUAUAUUAUUUUCUUUAUAUAUUCGUAUAUAUUUUUCUGUGACCCUAUGAAUAACAAUAUGGACCGAAUAUGAAGCAUGGAUUUAAUUAGUUUUAAUUGAAGGCUGUAAAACCGUAGUUAGUAUUAUUUCUGGGUGUGUAUGUGUGUGUGUGUGUGUGUAUAUAUAUAUACAUAUAUAUAUAGAGAGAGAGAGAGAAAGAGAGAUUUGAAACAGUUUUUGUUUUGUCUUUAGGUUUUAUAUGUUAAAUCGUGUAUUUUUGUGUAUUUUCAGAUAAGAGAGAAUUAUUUGUUUUGGCCGUAUUCAAGAAACAAAUUGCUCAAAAUCCUUGGUGUUAGAAAUUUUUUCCAGGGAACUAUGUGAGGGUUUUGUUUUCUUUUUAAUAAUCUGGACGUUUACCUACUGUCUGUAAUACUUGGAAAAUGUUAAUUCACUGUUUUGGUAAUCACGGACAUUGAAGGUCAUCAUGCGUUGGUGUUUUAUUUUUUAGCGCCAAGUUACACACUUGGUUAUCUGACCCACCAUCAGAGAACAAGGUUAACAGGAGAUACUUUUUUUAUAUUUCUUGUAUUUUAACUAAUAAAAAAGUGAAAUACCUAUUAGUAUCAGUGAUAUCGAGGUCGGAAUCUCAACGGAAAUAUUUUUUUUUUCUGAAAUUGGUUGAUUUACGCUGAUAAAAUUAAAUUUAUCUUUUAAAUGAAUAAUUUCUGUCAGUCUUCAUUUGUAUACUUAUGAGUAACAUUAAAAUUUUUUAUGUCGCGGCCUAUUCGAGACGGAAGGUGUUCGAAACACGAAAACGCUUUUCUUUCUAAACUGACUGGUUUACCUCUUAAAACAAUGGGGCGUAGUAGACUUUUAGGAUGUCCUAAUUUUCCUCUACUAGCAGCACCACCAAACGGCAAAUCAGUGCUUAAUGCUCUUCUGAAUAGGGUGUGUUUUCAGUUUAGUAACUAAUAGGCUAUAAUCCGAGUGUGUGUACGUUACAAAUUGUAUAAAGGUAAAAAAAAUGGCUCAUUGUUCUGGAGUAUUUUUUUAAAUCUUAUAGCCUUACGAAAUAUAAUCACAUUUAUGUAUUUUCUUAAAAACUUACUUUAUACGUGUUAUAUUUAAAGUAUUUUUUAAUUUUUUAAAGAUUUUUGUUUUAAUUUCUCUACUGGAAGCGAAAACGUUUUGAGGAUCGUUACACGUGUCAUUGCUUGCAGAAUGACGUCAUCCUUCACGAACCAAUUAUCGCAUACCUUGUUUUUUUUUAUUGUUUGCUUUACUUUACUUUCAUGGAAAGAUGAAUAAAAUAAUUUUCAAUUACA